AUGAUAAGACAAUUGGGUCUAAGAUUAUAUUCGACGUCGAGUAAUGGAGCCGCAAAGACUACUACUUCUUCAACAUUGUUAUGGGGAAAGAAUGCUUUGGUCACUGGUGGAAGUAGAGGCAUAGGCAAGGCAAUAGCAAUGAAAUUGGCAGAGAAUGGUUGCAAUGUAUGUGUUCUCUCGAGAGACACUACAUUGAAUCAAGCAACUGUUGCAUCAUUGCCAGUGAUCAACGAGCAGGGCAUUCCACCAAACAAACACUGGGGCAUCACAUAUGACUUGUCUGCGAUGGACAACUAUGAAAGCCUUCACAACUCCCUUAAAGAACAGCAACAACAUCAUCAAGACUUUGACAUCAUUGUACAUGCAGCUGGCAUCACUCAGAACGAUCUAUUCUUCCGCUCCAAACCCGAAGAGUUGAGAAUGUUGAACAAGGUGAACUUUGAAGCACCGAUCUAUCUGACACGCAUGUUGUUGAAGCCAAUGCUAAGGAAACAAUGGGGUCGCAUCAUAUUCAUGGGUAGCAUCGUGGCCGAUAUGGGCAAUCGUGGUCAGACCCUGUAUGCAGCGAGCAAGGCAGGUCUAGUCGGUUUCUCCAAGUCAUUGUCACGAGAAAUCGGUCAUCAAAAUGUUACAUCAAACGUCAUUGCACCAGGCUACAUUCAAACAGACAUGUCAGCCGACUACAUCCAAUCACUUGGCGAUACAUUAAUCCAACGUAUACCUCUUCGACGUAUUGGUGAUGUUGAAGAUAUUGCCAAGACUGCACUGUUCCUUAUAGAGUCCAACUAUAUAACAGGACAAGUUAUAAAGGUUGAUGGUGGAUUGUCAUAA